AUGACGAAGCGUACGAAGAAGGUUGGUGUUACGGGCAAAUUCGGUACGCGUUACGGCGCCUCGCUACGAAAGCAAGUAAAGAAGAUGGAAAUCAGCCAACACGCCCGAUACGUCUGUACUUUCUGCGGCAAGAACACGGUGAAGCGACAGGCAGUCGGAAUCUGGAAAUGCAAGGGGUGCAACAAGACAGUCGCUGGUGGCGCCUGGACAGUCUCGACACCUGCUGCGGCUGCCACGAGAUCAACAAUUCGACGUCUGAGGGAAAUUGCGGAGGUGUAG